AUGCUGGUUCCUCGCGUUCUAUUGCUUCUGGUGUUUUCGCACCACGGCGAGGUCGCAAGCGUACCACAGACGCGCAUCGGGAAGCGCUCUCUCGUCGGCAAAGCGUCAUUCGUGACCGUUCACAACGCGAUCGUGCCCGUCGUCAGGCGGCAGAAGGGCCCGCUCUCCCCCGUACCGAUACUGAAGCACGGCAUCGUCGUACCGAAUCUGCACGUGAUACCGAUAAGCAGCGUGCACAGAAUCCACGGCGGUGAUAGCCAGAUCUUGAGCCACACGAUCACGCACUCGGCCAACGUCACCGGUCAAACGGGACUAGUGUCGGUACUCAUACCGAUCCACAACCUGGUACCGGUACACGACCUGACGGUGAUACCGCUCCACAAGGAACCGAAAAUCAGCUUCAGACUGUCGAACGAACGUGAUGAGCCGGUGAACAGAUAUCGCCAUCCCUUAGGGGGCUAUGGCGCCGGCUGGUACUACGGAGGUCACGGCGCCGGCCACGGCUUCCAUUACUCUUACGGG